AUGGCUUGCGCUCCAGACAAUAUGUACAUGGAGUGGGAGGCGGCGUUUUUCAGCGCGCCGCUUCUCGAGCCGCUCGACAAUGCGCUCGACCUUGAGAUUUCGCUUGAGCUCGAGGAAAAAAAAGGCUCAACCACCGUUGGAGUGAUCAACACAUCCCACAACCAAUGCGCCAAUUACCCUCCAUAUGUCUCGAACGAUAACUGGGUUGACAAUGGCAUCAACAUUUGCUCGAGCAAUGGCUCUGAAGAGACUUUAGGCGGCCACACAGACAAGAGGUUCAAUGAUUGCUCAAGCCGCACCAGCAGUAUUUGCCAAGCGAGCGCAGGCUGCGUAAACAAAUGCACGGGCACAAAUUGCAAGAUUGUUCCCUCGACCUUCUGUAACAGGAUAUCGCCAUGCUCCCACCGGUCGAGCAAUGCUAAUUUUGAGUGCAGCAGCAGCAUCGACUGCAAUGGAGACAAGACGGCACUAGAAAGUGUUCCUGGGCUACUUGAGGCGGCCAGCAUCCCAUUGGAAAUCGAACACAGCACUUUGACCGCCCCUCAUGGAGAUUUGUGCAACAAUGAACGUGCUGAUGCGGCCGCAGCAAAAGUGGCGCCCCAAAAAAAGGACACAGUGUGCAUGCUCGCCCCGCCGCCAGGAACAAUUUUCGCCUACGCCACGGAGUACGCCCUAGUACACGACGCGCCCGAGGCAUGCGGGGCGCUUUCGCUCCGGCCCGCCCGACGGAAAUCUGCCUGGCGUACCCACACGCUUGUGCGCGAAACGGUGCGGCGAGAGUUUGCCAUGGAGGACCGAUACAGGCGGCGCAUUGCGUGCUCGGGGAAAACCCGCCCGCGCGACCGCAAGCGGCGCGAUACUUCGGACUUUGAGUGGAAACCCGAGUCCGUGUACAAGACAUUUGUCGAUUGCAAACCGGUGUUUUUCGACAAGACAAGUUACCAGAACCAUGUGCCGCGGAGCUCGUGUUUCGGCAAAAUCAACAUGCGCAUCCCCAAGGCAUGGACACGCGGGCCCAACAAGCUGAAGCGGCCGAAAAUUUCGCCCGCGCAGCAUUGGCUUGCCUUGCCUCACUUCGAGAUUCCCCCCAAGCAUUAG